GGCUGCUGCUGCUGCCGCCGCUGCUGCUGCUGUGUGGAGGGCUGGCCUCUCGGUAAUGACUGGAGUCAGGUAACCACCGGACAGACCGACUCUAUCCCUCCUCACAGACGUAUUCAGACACGAAGAGAGGCGGUGAGAGAGCCGCUUGACGACAAGGUUUCUGUUCGUGUUUUAUCAAUGCCUGGACCUACUCCCUAAAACAAACUUUUCAGAGCUGGUAAAGUUUGACAAACGUAACCACGCGCCGUCCGAUGUUCAUGUUGACGACCGUGGCAUUAGGGAGGCAGCGCUGUGCGGGGGCUACUCAGGUGUUCAACUACUCGGGAGAGUUUGUGUCGUAGUUUAGCUUUGGGGCUAACUAAAAACUAAUUACGCUGGAAGAAAGACUCCUCUCUCCUGCUUUCGCUUUUUGUCCUGUGUCCACCUCUCUCGUUUUCAACCUUCAUUCGAUUGGACCUUAAAAACCAAGUGGCCAAGUUUGAACAGGUGCCAGGAUGGAUGAGACGGAGAAGUACAAACAGAGACUGGAGGCUAUUGCUGAGAAGCGGCGACUGCAAGAGGAGCAAGACCGAGCCAGGAGAGAGAUGGAGGAUGAGAAGCUCAGACUACAGCAGCUCAAGAGGAAGUCUUUGAGGGACCAGUGGUUGAUGGAGGCACCUCCCCUGUCCCCUUCCUCCGUGGACACCCAGAACCCCCGCUCCCCCCUUUGGGGCUCCCAGGCCCAGGAGAUUGAAAAGCGUAUAGACAGGUUGCAAUCAGAGAGUCAGCGGUUGGCAGAAGAGGAAGAGAAGCUGAACGAACAGAUGGAGGAUGGCCAAACAGAGGCAGGGAAGGUGGCAGAGGCCGCAGUAGAAAUGGUUCGAGAUGCUGUGAUGCAGAACGGAGAAAACAAUGCAACAGCAUUGGAUGAAGAAGAAAAGGAAAACUUAAGCACACUACCAGAGAAGCCGGGAGUUAUCAUAACCAAUGGCGGAGGAAACAUUGACGCAGAGAUCUCUCACAUCCCUCAGUCCACCACCAAUAGAGCCUCUGACGGUGAGACUAGCAUGACAUUGGAGCCUGAGUUGAGCCUGGGUGUUUCUGAGGAAGAGCCUGGACGAGGGAUAAAUGUCAACAACAAUGAGGAGAUGGAGGAGGUGGAGGAGGAGGAUGAUGAGGAGGAGGAAGAAGAAGAAGGGAUUCUGGUGAUGAGAGCCGAACGUGUGAUCAUCACAGAUGAAGGGGAAGAUGUGCCUGAGGAUCUAACAACCCAGGACGAUCAGCAGGAGAGCAUGCAGACAGAGGAAACUCCUCCGCCAAUUGACGAAGCAUGCAGGGAAACAGAAACGUUCACACAGCCAGAGAAGAGUGAGGCAACUGGUGAUGGAGAAGUGCAGGGUGGAGUCAAGACAAACGAAGAUGGAGAGGUAAAAGCAGAAGAACAGGACAACGAAGACCUGAGCUCUGUGCAGCUGCAUCCCCCAGCCAGCGCUCUAGAGGGCUCCGCAGUGGCUUCAGUGCCAGUUUACUCUGAGGUGCAACCCUCCACUCUCACCUCCACCGCUGAGGGUGAAGCUGCAACAUCAACAGAGGAAGUUGAGGCCGAAAUUAAAGCUCAAGACCCUGCCACGCUGCUUGGCCAGUUCCAGGAGGUUCCCUUGGCUGGUUCUCGGGACAACCUGACAACAGAGGACCCGCCAGGGGAGCAGGAACCUCUUCUAUCGCAGGCCAAAGCCCCUGACACCCGCAUAGAGCCAGCAGCAGCAGCAGCAGCUGUCAACACAGAGACACAGCACCCACCCAGGGCUAGCCAGGGCGAAGAGACCAAAGCACCCAAACACAAAAGCUGCCAGUGCUGCUCGGUAAUGUAAAGUGCUCUUUGUGUGCAUUCCCUCUCUCCCUAAUCAGUCUGUCUUUCUGCUCCUAAAUUCAUAAAACACUCCUUCCCCUCCUCUCCUUGUUUAAUCGACCCAUUCUUUUCAAAUUAGUCCACAAGCCAUUUCCCUUACCUUUCUCUAUUUUCUGCCAUCAUUCCUUGUGAUCAUCUUGAAUCCCAUUUGAUACUCCGAGAGGAAGUGAACCCUCUCUGAUGUGAACACGGGGGAGAGGUAUGAACUGGACCAGUCAGUGGUUAAGUGCCUUUAGCAGCUCUCUACCCAGAACUUUUGAAUUAUCUUCUCAGACACUGUGGACCAAAAUGUGAGCUUUCUUUUCUUUCUUUUUUUACACUGCUUGAGUUUGAUUUUUUUUUUUUUCUCAGUUUGCAGAUGAGCCAGCCAAUCUACAUAGGAUCAUAAAAAAGUGUUGGAACAGGUCAGCAAAAACUGAAUACAUUUGUAUUAAUUCAAACCGUUGUAAUAGCAUGUUUAAUUCAUUGGGUCUUUAAAUAUGAAAUUUGUCCAAAGAUCUAGAGAGCUUCAGAGAGGACGUUCAUUUAAUUUAAUGCCUUUAAAGCUGAAUUAUUUUAUUGAUUUUUGUCUUUUAUUAGAGGUAAUUUUAAUCCAAGUAAAGGGCCUGAACAUUUUAUUUAUACAGGUUUUGACAAUACACAGACUGAUAGUAUGAAAUGGUCUAAUUCCUAAACAGCGUGCACCACUGAAUAUUUCAUGGCACGUUUUCAGUUUUAAAAGAGAAUUGCCUGGAAGUAUGAAUUUUGUAUUUUUACCAGAUGUGCUUUUCAAAGAGGGGCCACAGAGCUCUUGAGAAAAGCUCUGCACGGAUGUAAAAACUGUAGACAGAAACACGUGGAUUUGAGAGUGUCUGAGCUGUCAGCUUUGAAAUGAUUUGCUGAAUGGUUUAAUGAUUAAACUGACGUUUGUGAUACAUUGCUUGGUGUACUUGAUGUUUUUACAGCCUUUCUGGUCUCCGAAUGUUUAUGCCAAAACUAACACACUUGGUGAUGUUUAACCAUUUGUUCCUUUAAUGUUUUCUGUCCUAAACCGGGAAAAACUGGUUUAGGACAGCUGACAUAAAACUGUAGCAAACUUAAGGAAAUGGGAGUGGGAGUCAGUAGUAUCCCUCAGACAUUUUUCUACCCAUGCAGCUUUAGUUGUUGUAGAUGUCAGAAGGUAAAAUAGAACUGACAGCAUCGGUCUAUGAGAUACUCUAGAGAAAGAGCAGGAUCCCGUUGACUGAACUUAUGAGGUGACUGACCUGGUGUUCACUGCACUGACUUUAAAAAAAGGUCCUCCACUCAUGCGAGUCCAUGAAGCUCAAAGCUGCCUGAGGGCCCUUGUGGUCGGUCCAUGGCUAACACACAACCAUCUCAAGAGCCAAGGCCAGGGUUUCUGAGGAAAGUGAACCAAAAAAAAUCAGCAGUUCAGUGUUAAAUGUUUUAUCAUGAGCGUGGCUUGGAAAUCACUUUUCUUCAUUAAGUUAAAGAGUUUGUUAGGAAAAGAAAAUAAAUUCUUCAUAAUUUCUAACAUUUGGUUGGUGGUACUUCCAGAUUACAUGCAAUGAGAGUCUUAUUUUAAGUUUAAAACCAAUACAUCUUAAAUCUCAUUGUAGCAAAGAUGUAUCUAGCGUUUGGCUGUUCAGUUAACAGAAGCAGACAUUGUCCUUUGCUCUUUUAACAGCAAAGGAUAACUAUGGGGAUAAACAAGCGUUGGAAAAACAGUGUCAGGUAUUGCACAACUGGAACUUUCUGGUGCAUUUUUCCCGAUGAAACUGAAGGGUUUUAGUUAAACCACAGUGCAAGUGAGUGGAGUUGGGAAGUGUUGAUCCUAACAAGAAACUUUGUGCAGAGCUGAUAUAUGUUCAAAAGUGUAUAUAAAAGGAAAAAAAUCAAUGUCUGUGAUUGCUUUUAGUCAAAUGGUUAAAACUGCAGUGAUUCUACUGCACACAGAUGUUACUUUAAGCACAACAGAAAAGAUGAGCUGCCUAUUGUCUUAUACUCAGCUAAAUCUGAUUGAUUUCUCACAAAGGGAGAUUUUAUUCCUAUACUCUAUCCUAUGAGUCUCCUUUAAUAUUGUUUGAUAUAAUAACAAUACAAAUAUUUGAUGCAACCACCUCAGACGUAAACAAAUGAAAAAAGUGAUUAAAAUAAAUUCUGUUAUUGUGUCCCUGAGCGGAUUAGUUUAAUCUCCCUAACCAAAAACUUAAUUUCCUUAUGUAUUCCUUAUUCCUUAUAUAUUUCAAAUGAAAUCAGUGCAGUUACAAAUCCUUUCAACCCUCAAACACUCACGCUUGUGAGUAUUCGCAUCAAAGCCGAUGAUAUGGUAUAGCAAGCAGCAAACCAGGCUUCUUGUUUGGCUGAACAGUAAUCAAUUGUCUUAAAAUGAUUUUGUUUCAAAACAGGUUGACAUUUUGACAAGCCACAGUAGGAAAAACAUAAAUAAUACAUUUAAAGAUGUGUUAUGAAGCAGAUAAUAUAGUGUUCUUCCAGCCCCAGCUCUAGUAAAGUCCUUCAAUUCUACUCACUAGAAUUGUGAGUAUCUCACUGUGGCCAUUAGGCAUGAUGCCUUCUAAUUGGCAAGGAAUUGUGUGUGAAUACAUGUUGAUCUAUUUCAGUUUAAGCAAAAUAAAUGUUUUUGAAAGUGUGAGUGGUUUCAUGUUUAGGGUACUUUUCAAACCCUCUUGAGAGGUGUAGCUUAACAUACUGUCAUCAUGUGCUGUCUAUGUGAGAUCCAUAAACACAACACAUUGAUAAACAGUAGUUCCCAACCCUUUUGACUUCUGAUCUAUUAUGAACCGUGUGUUUGGGAUCCUUCGUCACACCAAAGAGAGAUUCAAACUCUAAACUUAUCAGAUAGUUUUAUUAAUGACUGUUCAAUGCACAAAAAGGUUUAAUUAUCCAGAACUUCAGAUAUGAGAAAGUCCAGAAUCAUUUUUGUAAAGAGGGAAUAGGAACAAAUCUUUUCUUCUAUCUCUCUUCAUGUAUUUAGGUCUUGUUUUACUAAAUGAAAUGAUUACAUUUUUCAUUUUUGUUAUUUAUUAUAAGUAUGUUAACUCUUUUUUGAUCAAGCUCAGUUAACAAAAAUACCCUACAACAUUUUUAUUUACAGCUUUACACCAUGAACAAGUCAUGGGUUUAUUUCUCCUUAAUGUGUUAAAGAAUAAGGAAUUAUGAAUCAAAAGUUUUCAAUUGUGUUUGUUUGAAGGAGCUACCAGCAUGUUUACUGUUGAAUUAGCAGACGCAGACAUUGCCCGUUGCUCUUUCAACAGCAACACACAACUGAUGUGAACGAACAAACAUUACAAAAACAAUUUCCAGCAUUGCGGACGGGAGAACUUUUCUCAAUUUACAUAAUUUAGUACACAACCAUAGUGCAGGUAAGGGAGGUAAAACUAUCCUAACUGAAUUCAGUGCACUGGCUUGUUUAAGGAUUCCUAUAGUUACUUUACAGAUUAGGAUCAAUGAUGUGAAAUAUAAUCAACACUUAAAUCAGAAUUCCUGGUUCACAAGCUACCCUGCAGUGUACAAAGUCAUUAAAACUAACUCCACCUUUACCAGCUGUGAUAACACUUUAAUGCAUCAACAAUUAUAAUCAAAACAUAAAAUAUAUAUGGUUCUCAAAUUGGCCAAUCUGUACAAUGAGUACUUGUACUUUAAGUAUAUUUUGAUGCUGAUACUUUUGUACUUUUACUUGAGAGACAUUUUGAAUGCAGUACUUUCACUUGUAACAGAGUGUUCCUAUACUCUGGUUACUUCUACUUUUACGAAAGUACAAGAGCCGAGUACUUCUUCCAGCUCUGCCUGUACAGCAAUGAUGUAACCUUCAUUUUACAAUCACAGAAUCCACAGAAGAAAAGGGGACUCUGCUCUCUGGUAUUUUCUGUAUUGUGAAAACUGAGGGACUGAAAUAACUAUAAAACCAGCUGGACUUUUCAUUAGCCACAUUCUUUCUACCAAAGAACAUUGUGACUGACUGAGGCAUCUCAGCGACUUCAAAGGACACAAUAUGUUUCUUGCUGUGGGAGCCAUUGCUCUUCUCUGUUUGGUGUCUGUGAGCCAUUCAGCUCCUUUGGCCUGUCAAGACCUGCUCCUGCCUCUGCAUCAGCCGGAUCUUCGUCAUUUGGAGGGGAGAUGGGCUUUAGUUGCAGGCAGUCUGAGUCAUCUCCCGUACUUGGAUCGAUUCAAACAAAGAGACAGUGCAGCUUUGAACUUCUCCGGCAACACCAGUGAUAUUAAAAUGUCCGUCUCUCGCAGCAUCCGUUUAGAUAAUAAGUGUCUGUAUGAUUCCUACAACAUCUCCCUGGAAGGCAACAGCUUCACCUAUGACGGGACGGAUAAAAGCAACCUCACUGCAAACUUUGUCCAUACGUCCUGUCAUGACUGCAUGCUGAUGCGCAUGGAUGUGGAGUCUGGCAAGCGCCAGCAUUUGUACCUGUUCAGCAGGAGGAGAAAGGUGGAGCAGGAAGAGAUGAAGGAAUUCAGAGCUCAGGUGGAGUGUCUGAACAUGCCUCCACCUGUUGUAAUGGAUGCUAGCAAAGAGCUUUGUCCAGAAAAUCAAACUGAAGAGAAAAACGAGGGACAGAAGGACUGAAAGACAUUAAGAAGAUAAUUAGUCACAAUGUUUAGAUAAGUACAAAUAAGCAGUAAGAACUUAUUUGUUGGAAUUAAUCACACCUGUGUUUUCACCUUUUAACUAAUCUGCAUUAAAUUACUUUUUAAGAUCCUACACUUCAAAAAAGUCUGUUUUUCCUUUUUCUCAACAUCAUUUAUUCCCCCUUUGAUAUAUCCCUUCAGUAGCUAUCUUUUGGUUGUUGUCAUGUCUCACAAAUAACACCAAACAUUUCCUCUCAGUAACUGGACUCAGUCUCUUGACUAAGGCUUGAAAUUAUAUACAUAUUUAGAUGUAAAAUCCAAUGUAAUUUUUAAGAGCCAGUGUUGCAGAUUGAAAGACUGUUGUUUCUUCUUCUCAUAUUCACCACACAUUAAAAUAUCUACACAUUCUUCCUUAAAAUAAGGUAUCAUAACCAAGUCAUUGUAUAGUAACAUGCUGUAAUAGAAUCGGUUAUAUUUAAUAAAGCUCACUCCAAAAG